AUGCCCAAGAAGCACCGGCAAAACUUCAACAAGCUCUCGAGCAACUACGUACAUCCUUCACUGUCUUCCUCCAGGCCCUCCAGCUCCUCUGGCACCAGCCCCUCUUCGCCCCGCACCGUCAAUGAGCGCCUGAACCAGCUGCGUCGGGAGCAAACUCCCAAGACCGCAGUCGACCGCCGCAAUGACAUCGCCGAAUCCCUCGCCCAGUCGGCCAUUCACCCAGACGUGAGGCGGAUCCUGAACCUCCCUGAGACAGCUCCUCCAAGACCAAAUGGCCCCACAAGACUGGCGAAUGGCAGGCGAGUGCCAGGCCCCGCCGCACCGCGAAGCUGGCUUGAAACGAGCAAACACGCGCCCGACGACGUGAGGAGGCAAGCUAGCCUGCGGCCUCUUGGGAGGUACCGACCGUUCGAGCCGACCUUCCCAGAGCGCAUGCCGCAACCGGGUAGUCUUGUGGAGCAAACGUUGAAGACCCUGGCCGCAAACUGGGAAUACCUGUUGGAGUACGAACAGUACAACCUUUGCGCACUGCCAGUGCAACUCAAGGGCAUGCUCAUCAGCUAUUUGACCAUGUACGGACCGGAAGGGGGUAUCACGCCGCACACUCUGAAAACACUGUUUCUAAAAGAGAACGAGCUUGAGGGUGGAACUGGUAGCGAGGAGCUGACGCAUCUGGACCUUUCGAGCCUAAUGAGUCAGGGGCUUACUGUUGCUGACUUGACAAAAUACAUGACUCACUCUCCGGCGCCGAAGGCAGAAGAUCUGGCGGCGGACAUGGGCCAAUUGGCGAUAUCGUCAGACGAAGUUGCGGAUUCCUGGGAAGACGCCGCGGGAACAGAGACCAAAGUUCUCCCGUUGCCAAAGGCUGUAAUCAACGUCCGUUUCCCAAACCUGACGCAUCUUUCACUCUCUCACCCCUCCUGCGCGUCAUGGGCACACUUACUCAGUCUAUCCAAACAUCUAUCUACGCUCAAUCACCUGUCUCUUGCCUUUUGGCCCACCCCGACUCUUACGCCAAACGCCAAUACUGCUUCCUUGAGCAACGCCCAUGGUCGGCCUGUCAACCUCUCCGGUACGCCUUUCUAUGCGGCGCUCGACGCAGAUUGGGCCGAAGCUGCCAACAUACUACGACGUAUUGCGAACAAUACAUACUGUCUGCGGCGGCUUGACCUCACGGGCUGCGACUGGAUCUCUGCCUUAGUCUACGGCGUGCCCGAUCGCGGCGAGGAUGACGAUUCUUGGGAGAUUAGACAGGCAGCACCGGGCCCGGACUGGAAUGGAUCAUGGCGUCAGCUCACGCACGUCAGCAUCGGGCAAGGCUGGAUCCCGCGGAAUGUAAAUGCAAUUCGCGCACUACCAGCCGGGCUUAUGGGAUGUGAGUUGCUGGGGUACCUGAGAAGCGAUGAAGGCCGGGAGAGAUUAAAACGAGAAGGGUUCUUGGGUGCAGGCAUGGAGACGGAGGCACAUGUGAGAAGGUGGAUGGAGAGAGAGAAAGAGGGACGUCGGGUCGAGGUGGUGGUGAGGCGACUGAGGGCGGGGGCGAAGGGAAAGUAUGUAAACUUUGAUCACGGAUGGACGCCAGGGCUGCAGCUGAGCCUAGCGGGUGGAGAUGAGUAG